AUGUCCCUGCUGGAAUCAGAUAUGAAACUGUCAGUAAAAAAAGACAUUUACAUUGUGAAAGUCAAAAAAAUUAGUAAAAAAUCAAGUUCCAAAAUCGAAAAAGGUAAUCAGUCUAAAUACAAAAACUGUCAAGACAUUUUUCAAGAGGAGUUGGCAGCAUAUGGUAGAGAAGCGAGCGUACACGGUUUGAUGCGCAUGCUAAGCAUUGGUACAGGACGAGUGGAGCGCGCACUUUGGGCUCUGUGUGUCGUGUCUGCACUGAGCCUGCUCAUUUACUUCAGUCAAUAUCUUGCCAAUCGCUUUACACAAACUAUAUUCAAAACCACCAUAUACUCCACCAAUUAUCCCAUUUACAAAGUACCCUUUCCCGAAGUGACUAUAUGCAAUAAGAAUCGCUUGAAUUGGGCGCGCUUGGGAGAGGUAAAACAGAAAUUUCUGUGGCAUGCACAUCACAACACUUCGUAUGAGCGACUUUUCGUAGAGAUUGUCGCCAUGCACGACACAUACUUGUUCGGCUACUUCGAUCGUUUCGCGAAUCUAACACAUAAGCCAAUAUCCGAACUCAACUAUAUCAAUUUCACUGAGGUGGUGCGUAGCAUGACGUGGCGUUGUGAGGAACUGCUAACGGAUUGUGUUUGGCGCAUGUAUCCUAUGGACUGUUGUGACAUUUUCAUAAGACGACGGUCGACUCUGGGCAUCUGCAUGGCAUUCAAUUCAAUAGAAUCGUCUAGCGGGCGUUUGAAGCAGCAAAUGGACUCGAAAUGGCCGUGGCGUGUGGGUACCAGUGGUUCGAAGUAUGGUCUACAGGUYCGUACAAUACUCAAUGAAGAUAAGCAUUCGCCGUACUCGGCCAGUUCGAAAGGUAUUACGAUCAUGACUGUGCAACCCAAAGUGUGGAGCUUUACGCCUAUCGAUAUACCGAAAGAUKUAUAUGCGCGUGUGUACCUCGGUGCGUUCAUGAGUUUCUUCGAUCCAGGCACGAGACGCGUGUCAUCGAAGAAGCGACGAUGCGUCUUUAAGGACGAACAGGAUAGUCCCGACUUUAAAACACUCAGCGGCCACGUGUAUAUGUAUGAGAAUUGCCAAGCUGAAUGCCAGCAGGAGUACCUCAUGAAGUUUUGCAACUGUACUGUGGAUAUAUUCUUCCCAAUCGGCGCGUACCCAGUAUGCAAGUUGGUGGACUUUCCAUGUUUGGCACAUCACAACCAUCUUGUUCAAUAUUUCCAGGAGUCAUAUAAGGAGGCAUUUAAAACCAAUCAUCCGGGCAUGGUAUGCAAGUGUUUUUACAACUGUCGCUCAUGGCGCUAUAACAUUAAGGUGCGUACCAGACCUCUGCAACAGAAAGAGCGUUGGAAAACGAACGAUACUCUGUUGCUGGAUAUAAAUUUCCAACGAGAUUUUAUUAUCGUCUAUAAGACGGAUAUAGUAUACACUUGGGUCGAUUUUCUCUAUAAUUUUGGCAACAUCACUGCCCUCUUUCUUGGCUGCUCUCUCGUCAGUCUUGUGGAGUUGUUCUACUUCUUUCUCGUGAAAGUGCCGCAGCGUCGCUUAUGCAGCCGAUUAGAUAACGGUAAACUACACAAAAAAUUGUCACUUAGACGUCCGGUGUUGCGCUCGUACAGGGAACGUAGCGAAAAUAACUUAAAUUUAUAUAAAAAUGGYUUUAAGAAAGUGAGUUACUAAUUAAAUGGAAAUUUUGAUUUGAG